CCCUUUCUUGAAAAGACUUCUAAAUACUCUGUUAGUGCCUUUAAUCACUGGACACCAGUUCCUACUGGGACUUCUGCCUAUUUCUGGUGCAUUUAGCUCAGAGUGUGUAGAGCUCUGGUCUCUUUGAAAGAAGACAGGCCCCUGAUUCAUAUCAGCGAGACAAAGACACAAGAAGCCCUUGAACUUCUGAACACAGACCUAAAUAAUGGUGGAGGAGAGCCAGCCUCAAGGUGCGGGAGUCUGCUGGACCCUAAGGCUCUGGUCAGUUGCUGUGAUUUCCAUUUUACUCCUCAGCACCUGUUUUAUCAUGAGCUGCGUGGACAGAGUCUGGAGCUGUUGCCCAAUGAAUUGGAAGCCAUUUGGUUCCAACUGCUACUUUACUUCGACUGACUCAUUGGCAUCUUGGAAUGAGAGUGAGGCAAAGUGCUCCAGCAUGGGUGCUCAUCUGCUGGUGAUCCACAGCAAGGAAGAGCAGGAUUUCAUCACCGGGAUCCUGGAUACUUCUGCUGCUUAUUUUAUAGGGCUGCGGGAUGAAGGUGAUAGACAAUGGCGAUGGGUUGAUCAGACAUCAUACAACAAGAGUGCCACAUUCUGGCAUGAAGGUGAGCCCAACAAUGACGAGGAACAAUGUGUUACAUUAGAGAGUCGACUGGUUUUGGAGGAUCAACAUUUUUCGAGGGAUCGACCUUAUUGGAGGUAUCGACAUUUUCUUUGGCGCUGGAAUGAUGCCUUUUGCAGUUUGAAAGAAAACUCAAUUUGUCAGAUGAAGAAAAUAUACUUAUGAAUCACACAUUCUCCAUGUGCAUGGGAUUGCAUUGUUAUCCAUGUUACAUGGACA